AUGAACUAUUUACAAUCAAUUUAUAACUAUGAUAUAGUUCAUUUGUUCGUCAUUACGUCGCUUGUAUGCGGAUUAGAAUUCUGUACGGCAUCUGCAUUUACUUAUAUCCCGCCUAUUUUACUCAAAGCAGGAAUUUCCGAAUCAUCAAUGACUUGGUUAAUGGGAUGUGGUCCUUUAUUAGGAUUUCUUCUUUGUCCUGUUGUCGGUCAUUCAAGCGAUCGUUGUCGUUCUCGUUUUGGUAAACGACGUCCGUUUAUACUCGGUUUUUGUAUAACAAUCAUUUUUUGUCUUGUACUAAUUCCACAGAGUGAAGCCAUUGGUGUACUUUUUCAUUCACCAAAACUUGGUCUCUGUUUGUUAGUCAUCACUUGUGUUCUAUUUGAUUUUUCUGCUCAAGCCUGUUUUAAUCCAUGUGAAUCAUUAAUUUACGAUGUAUGCAAAGGUACACCGCAAGAAAAUUCAUGUUUUUUUGUUUACUCAUUCAUGACAUCAUUUGGUGGCUGUUUAGGUUACUUAAUAACAGCGACAGAUUGGACUGACUCAUUUCUUAGUAAUUAUUUACAAGGACAAGAAAAAUUGACAUUCGGUGUUAUUUUGUUAUUUUUUUCAAUAACACUUUGUUUUACUUUAAUCUCAGCUAACGAAAAAGUCUACGAUUAUAUCGAUGAACAAAUGCAACCUCCUGAUGCAUCAAUAUUAGAUUAUUUAUUUCCUUUAAAAUUUGUAAAAAAUGCUUUUUCUACAGUAUCAAAUUCAGUUAGAACUAUUUUCACAAUGCCAUUUGUUUUACGUCGUUUAACACUGGCCGAAUGUUGUUCAUGGUCAGCUAUAAUGACAUUUAAUUUAUUUUUUACUGAUUUCGUUGGUCAAACAGUUUAUAAGGGUGAUCCAGGUGCUGAUGAAUUAUCUAUUGAACGUAUUAGAUAUGAUCAAGGUGUACGUGCUGCUUCCUAUGGUUUAUUAUUUCAUUGUAUUGUUGGUGCUCUAUAUGCUCCCUUACUGAAGCCUUUAAUCAAUCAAUUUGGUAUUCACUUAGUAUUUUCAUUUGGAAUGUUUGUUUUUGCUUUGUCGAUGUUGGUUAUAUAUGCAUCAACAAAUAUAAUUGUUGUUAAUAUAAUGGCAUCAUUAUCGGGCCUUGGUAUGGCAUCAUUAACAUCCAUACCUUAUACUCUUGUUAUGACAUAUCAUGCGAAUCGAGAAAUUUAUUUUGCAGAUAAUCCUGUUAUACAAACACGUGGUAUUGGUACUAUUUUAGGCAUACUCGAUAGUACUUAUUUUGCAUCUCAAAUUAUUUCUUCGCUGAUUAUGGGUUAUAUUAUGUUAAUAUUUAAAUCGACACUUUCAUAUAUUGUAACAAGUUUUGUACUUGCUCUUUGCUCACUUUGGUUUAUAAAUCGAAUUGUGAUAAAUCGACAUCAACUACAAGAGUUGAUUAGACUCGAUAAAUAA